AUGGCCGACGGGUUGCUUGAUCUGUAUCCCGCAAGCGGCGGCGCAAGGCUGAAGCAGCACGACGACUGGUCUGCACAUUACUCGCAGCGACCCAUGACGGCCAGAGAUAUAAGCCCCAGAGGCGUCAGCCCAGGUGGCAGAAGUCUGGGCGCGCGAAGCCCAAGAGCUUCGAGCCCAUUCUCAAACGCAAUCAUCAUGCCGAGAGAUGCGGAAAGGACGCCGAGGAAGCUGAUCUUGUGCUUUGACGGGACGGGGAACAAAUUCCACGGCGAUGAUAGCGACAGCAAUAUCCUAAAAAUCUUUCGCAUGCUGGAUCGGUCUGCGGGUGACCAAUAUCAUUAUUACCAACCUGGCAUUGGCACAUAUGUCAUCUCGGACUCUCUUUCUCACAGCGGCCUUCGGGCUCGCAUCAACUCGUGGCUCCAAAAGGCCAAAGACUCGGCCAUUGGCUCUUCCUUCGAUCAACACGUCGUCGGGGGAUACCGCUUCCUGAUGCGCUUCUACCAAACGGGCGAUGAGAUUUACAUGUUUGGUUUCAGUCGAGGUGCCUAUGUCGCGCGAUUCCUCGCUGAAAUGCUCGACUACAUCGGCCUCUUGUGCCACGGAAACGAAGAAAUGGUCAAAUUUGCCUGGAAGGCGUUUGCGCAGUGGCAGGCCAGGAAACCCCCUUCCAAGGGCGUCGACGACAGGGGAGCAGAGUCCGAGGAGGAUAAAGAGACGCACAGAAUGUACAACUACAUGAAGGGCUUUCGGGAGACCUUCUCACGCCCGGUGGGUCGGAUCAGGUUCCUAGGUUUGUUUGAUACUGUGAAUUCUGUGCCGCGGUUUGAAACUGCUUGGAUGCAGCGGACCAAGUUCCCCUACACAGCUCGCUCUAGUGCCAGAGUCAUCCGACAUGCAGUCAGUAUUGAUGAGCGGCGCGCCAAGUUUCGCCAGGACCUUCUAUACCAAAAGCCGCCGAAACAUGAACACCGUCCGCAUGCCCAUCACGAACAUGUCACAAGGGCGAUUGACCGAGUCCGACGGAGCUUGGAUGUGCCUCACGCAAAGGCGGAUGAGAAACGCAAUGUGCCCCCUGAACCAGAACAAAAGGACAGGCAGGCAGGCCAGUUCCUCGAUCCUGCCGACGCGGAACGAGGACGGCGCGGCGCCGCGUCGCACAGCCGCCGAUACGCGCCAUAUCGAGCGCGGUCCAGAUCCAGGUCAAGAAUGGCCCGGGGCGCUAUUUCCGAUGACCAAGAUAACCUGUCUUGCUCUGAUGCAUCCCAGUGGGAGGCUGAAGAGGACUGGCAGAAUGAGGACCAGGACGUUGAUGAAGUUUGGUUCGCGGGCGGUCACGGAGAUAUUGGCGGCGGCUGGGAAGCGCUGGAUGGCCGCAAGAGCGCAAGCCAUGUGCCGCUAUCGUGGAUGGUUCGCGAAGCCAUGAAAGCCGGCCUUUCGUUCGACCUGGACCACGUCGCGGAAAUGGGGUGCCAAGAUGCCUUCGUCGACAAGGUACGACCCUCGGCGCGUGACAUGAAGUCUGGCCGAGCCAGCCAGCCAGCCAUCCAAGUGGAGGACGAGGCAGGCCAUGUCCAGGGCGCCCAGCUUGGACAAUCGAGCCCAGAAAUCGAGUCGCACGACUUUGCGGCUGGACCGGCGCCCGACUCCAACUCGAUCUCGCCGUUUCAAGAGCUGAUGCACAGAGCGCACACGUCCCGAAUCCACGACUCCCUCGUGUAUGGGGGCGGACUGGGAGCCAUGGCCGUCUCGGCGUGGAAAUUCAUGGAAUACCUGCCCUUCCGUCGCAUGGAUCUGCAACCCGAUGGAUCUUGGAAACCGAUUCGCUGGCCUCUGCCGUGCGGCGAAGUGCGAGACAUGCCGGACAACGUGCGCGUCCAUGGCAGUGUCAUACGUAGGUUGAAAGAGGACGAGACCUACAGACCGGGCAACUUGAUUAUUGGGGGAGGCGGGAGAGGUGUGAGAAGGGCGCCGGCGGAAUAUGGCAUCGGCGAUUGGAUCUGUGUUGCUGAGCAUGGCGACCCCGUCGGCGAGAUAUGGCAGAGGAAGCCGCAGACGGUGAAUGGGAACAGAACCAAUGGAACCAAUGGAACCAACGGAACCAACGGAACGAAUGGGGCAAGGCCAUGA